AUGGCCACAAAAUAUUACACACUCUGGGCAGAUCCCUGCACCGUUGGCCGAAAGACCUUAAACGUCUAUUCCAGAGAAGGAAUAUCCGCAAAUGAACCGAGCACGCCGUUAAUUCUCGGCCCUAAGCGCAGGUUGACAUCUGUGAAGGAAGUUUUAUACAACCCUCGUCUUCCGACUUUAAGGAGAAUGGAUAUGGAUGAAGUGUUAAAGAAACUAACAGAUGAACAUUCGCGGCACUCCACACCGUGUAACAGAGGUGAUUAUAACUUGCUAUAACUUUGCAAUGGUUUCACAACUUAUGAGUAUGGACCAACGCUUAGAGUUUCCUUGGCAACCAUGUUGCUAAUCUGAAAAUUGUUACAAUCUAAGCUCAGCAUAAGUUUCUUUUUUAUCGUUUUUAGAAAACUCCGAGCAGCUUUACAUGUCAAGGAAAAAUAAGUUUUUAACUCCUUCGGACGGCUUUUAAUUUAAAAAAAAGGAACUCUGUAAUUUAUGCGCACGCUUCAAAAUUAAUUAUUUACGGCCAACAGAAAUUAUGAAACACCGUUACGUAGUAACCAUUCGUGUUACAAUAACGUUUUAGCCAUUUAAUCGUUUGUUUUAAGUUAAAUUGCAACAUCGAUUACAGCGGUUUUUUUUUCUACUUUUCUAUUUUUUAUUUUUUUUCUCUCUAAGAUAUCCAUGACAGACGGUACCGUUUUUGUAUUUCCUGAAAAUAAAAGGUAGCUCAAAGUAGGCUAAAGGAGUCUUCUUUUUUAAGUAUCAUUAUUCAGAUGAGCACUUGAAGGGCGAAAGCGGCAGUCACAAAGCGUGAUAGCUUCAAUCAACAUCGAUGCAUUUUUAGUUCUUAACCAGGCUGGCUCCACACAUUCCAAAAGCUCGGUUUCCGUGCGGCCUUUCUAGUUCCCGUUCUCCUUAAGCCAGCGCGCGCGCGCGGGUCUACAUUAUAACCUGGAUUGCAGUAAUUAGCCAGCUGUCUCCAUUGAACAAAAACAAAAGCGAUUCAAAUUGCACGUACUUAGUUACAUUACACGCUCUGGUAACAACUUCAAAUCGACUCACGCCAGCCCGCAGCGAUCGAGGAGACGCAGGAAUUUUUCAACAGCGAAAAUGUCCCGUCAUUUACAACUCGCUCUUAGCAGCCGUUACUAUGACAGACAGGGUAUAAGGUUUAGCCAACAUGACGCCGUUAGACCGCACGGAACAGACUACGGCUACUCGCCUCCUCGGAGGAUGCUGGCUGCAGUGAAGGAAGGAAUGAUUCAUCCUAAACCACCGACAUAUCGACAGAUGGAUCGCGAUGGCACACUUUGUAAACUUCCAAUAGAACAUUGCAGGAAUUCUACUUCCAGACAAGCCGGUGAAUAUCGAUUAUUUUUCCUUUCGAUUCUCUUUCUCGAUUGUAGUUAUAAACUUUGUUUGUUUUAACAGGUUUGUAAUUUGAUCUUGUUCAUACAGAAUUUAGUGUAAGGGAUCAUAACUCAAAAAAAUUUCUGCUAUUCAUGGCCUCUCGACAAGCGUAUAUUAUUAUGCCGGACUAGGAAUGCCUUGAUUUAUGUAAGGUGGCUUUCUGCUAAAUGCGAUCUUUUGUUCUUGAGGCUGUCGAAUAUUUAAGUCAAUUAACACUCGAGAAUUUUAAAGGUUUAUUUGAUCCCUUAUCAAAACAUCCUACCAAGGCAAAUGUAUUCAUAUCAUGCGAUAAAGUUAAAAAAUUUCGCCUUUUGUUUUGUGUGAUUACGCCUUGAAAACAAAUGAGGCCUUGCUAACUUUGACCUUGUAAAAUUAAACAUAUUUAUAAGGUCAAAGAGGCUCGAAGUAAUUGAAAAUGAAAAUUAUGUUGAUUAAGAAAAUCUCCUGCUCUGCUCUCUUGAAAUUUGCGAAAGGUGGAAUAUGAUAGACAACACAACAUGCCAUAGCAACCACGCGCGUGUGCAUGAUAAAUGCGCGACAAUCGUGCGUGUUUUAAUCCGUUUUGGAAAACUUCUCUCUGGUGAACUACUGGCCUGUCAUGUUUUUUUCCUUACCGUAGCUUUAUCGAUUAAAGAGUUGAUAAUUUAUUCCGUGAUUUUUCGCAUGAACCACUUCUUGCUUGAAGAAUUAACAUUUUUGACAUUUUGACCUAUAUUCGAUUCGUAGACAAUGACAACUAAACAUUUCUUUGUAUUCAAAAUUAUUAAACUUUUCAACAGAUAAAACUUUUUUACGAAUAGAAUGGAAUUUUUGAUGACAGGCAAGUGUGUUGUCUAAGUUUAAGCAACAAAGAUCACCUUUCCUCUAAGGACAAGAGUAGAGUUCUUAUUGUUCCUGAAAAGAAAGUUUACGAUGAACCGAUCUCAGACCCAAAGGCGAGCAGGAAAAACAAUAUAUGAUCAUUUAAUCUGACAUUUCUGAAUAAGGACUAGGCAUAUCACAAUUUGUUAUCAACAGGUUAGUUUUAUUUUCAGCCAGGGUGCUUCCAGGUGAAGCAAGACUCCUUCCUGUAACGCUAGAAUUGAUUUUUACUUUGAUGCAAAUUAAUACUGUCACCUAUAAACUAAUAUUUUCACACUAGCUCAUUAACUCAGUAUGAGGUCACUUUGAGGUUCAAUUCCCUCAAGGAUGAUAAUUAAUAUUAGCCAAGGCUCGCUGAAACUCUAACCUUCAAACGACAGGGACGUGCGUGAUCAUUUAAAUUAAGCUGAUUCUCUUAAAUGAAAUUCUGCCAUGUAAUUACGAUUCGAAGUAGAAAUUGUCAGCUCGCAGGGUAUCUUGACAGACGGCUCUCGAGUUUUCAUUAUACGUCAGACACAGAUUACCUCACAAAGGCUUUGCUCACCACUGAUUGGCGCAAACUCGCACACCAUUGAAAUAAAGUUUUGACACCUUGUGCAGUGUCUACAGUCAACACAAGCCGGCCUGAAUCGCUUACGAACAAAGGGAAUAACUUCUUCCUCGCAGGCUAAGUUUUUUUUCCAGUUCGGUCGCUGCGACCGCCUUUUUCGAUGUCGAUUACAACUCAAACGCGCGUUAACCCGCGGUUUGCGGGCAGAUCGCAUAUGCUGGCCUCAGUGAAAGAAGGUCUCUAUCACCCGAUGUUACCAACAUUCCGGCGUAUGGACAUGGAUACGGCAGUUCACAAGUUACCCGAAGAACACUCGCGAACUACGACUCCACUGACACGGGGUACAGAUACCGAGAUUGCAAAAUUAGGGUAACUUCCCUCUUAAGCAUUAGGGUACUAGUAAUUGUCUUUGUGCUGAAUUUACUUUUCAGAGGAUUUUGAAAGCCGCACUAUCACGCUGUUCAGACCAGCUGAGAAGUCGUUGUCAGGCACGGUAAGUUGAUAUUUCAUCUGUCACUAGACAGGACGGAUUUUGGGAGUUUUUUUUUUCAGAAGAGUGCAUAAGCAAUUAAUGCUCAAUAAACUUACAAAGAAAUGUUUUAAUUUCCUUUUUAAGCGAAUAACCGAGACGGGGCGACAACUUCAAUCUACUUCCUACCAGCCCAUCGAAUCAGGGUAAGACCUUUUAAUGAUUUACGAUUUUGCGCGCGAGAAUAUGGAUUUCUGAUUUGUUGGAAAGUGUGAAAGUGUUUGACAAAACCAAAAAAAAAAAUUAAAUCACACUUCAGAACCUUGAAUACUGUCUGGAGGAGAUAGACGUCAUAAAAGAACAGAAGUGAGAGUAUAUCUGCAAUCAUUAAUUUUUGUCUUAGCAAGUUAUUUAACUGUUGUUCAGGGGAGUGCGCUGCAACUUUUGUAAAACAUUUAUGUUUCACCCGAGUAGGUUCGGAGCGAACGAUUCCUGCUAUUUUCUUUAUAAUUCCAGAAGCUCUUUAUGUUUAUUUCAAUUUUCUGCAUUGCUUCCAUGGUAUGAAAGGUUUGUUUACCGUUUUUGGUGUUUCUGUUGACGGUAAAAUUUCCACACAAUACCAAAUCUCCCGGAACAAAAACAGCGGGCUUAUCAGAUUAGUGCUAAGACAGUGCACUCGAUUUAAUAAGCAAAUCAAAAAACCCCGCACGAAAAACUUGAACAAUGGCAACUGAACAGCGCAUCAAUUCAUCAUUUCAUCAGAUUCACGAACACACGGGACUGCGGGGGCAGCCCUGAUAUUGAAGUUUCCUGUUCUGAUUGCGGGAAUACCACGGGAGCACAGAAGCAAUGGAUUAUUGUCAUUUUUAAACUCAAAAGUCACUAGAACAACUCGCGCAAACGAGACGUCGCGCGCGAAGGCCAGACGAAGCUCUCUCUCACCCCGCGUGGUCACCCGCACAUGUGUUACCCAUGUUCACGCUAAACACCUGCAAUUCAAAUCUUUACAUCUUCAAUGGCCGAACCCAGAAAAUAUAUUUAAAGUAUCAAAAUUGGGAAUUUUUUAACAGCAUGAAUGCCGCUAUCUUUUAAUUUUUUUUCCGUUGCAGGGGUAUGGAAGAAUUUCUAAAGCGAUCAAUGACGACACAGUCUCAGAAACAACCAUCCCCUCUUCCUCCCAAUGGUUAGUAUAAUCAACUUCUUUUGGCAUAAUGAUUAUAAUAGUAAUAAUUAUUAUAAUACAAUAAUAAUGAUGAUAAUGAGAAAUAAUAAUGGUAAGUCCAGAAUGACAAAAUUUUUUUUUAAAAUUGGAAUAAAUCUAAACAAAAUUGUAUUAGACAUUUUGAUAGAGUAAUAACAGUAGUAACAGUUCACUUCUGCACUAAUUUGGAAAAAAAUUCACUUAAAACCACCAAUCAAUGAUAAUAAUAAUUAAAAUACUAAUUAUUUAGAAUAUAGUUAUAAUAAUCUUUGUCAUGAAAAAUUUGACAAUAAUAAUAGUAACAGUGAGUUAUAAUCAUGAUAACGAUUAGUGAUGAAAAGAACAACAAUAAUAAUAAUAAUAAUGAUGAGUGGCAGUUAUGAUAAUAAUUGUAAUAAGAGUGAUAAUAUACACAACAAUAAUAAUACUUAUAGUGAGUGAUAUUUAUGAUAAGAGUGAUGAGAAAUAAUAAUAUCGAUAACAGGUAAUUAUAAUGAAAAUGAUAAUGAGCAAGGUAGUAAUGAUGAUAGUAGUGAUGAUAUCUAAAAUAACAUUAAUAAUAAUGAUGAGGAUGAUAAUAAUAAUAUCUAUAACAACAAUGAUGACAGCAAAACAAAAUUGUGAACAUUUCCGUUGUAUAUUUUAAAGAAACAGUGUAAAAUGAAAAUUGUGCUUUGUUGCUGUAGCUGAAGCUUGACAGUUAAAGUCACCUAUCAAUACUAGUUUGUGAAGAAAACCUGAUUGGUGGAAAACAGAAGUUGAUCACUUUCCCAUUUUGCCUCAACAGAACCAUCAGAACCAUACACAUUUAUGCCUGAACCAUAUCUCAAGUAUUCUGCAGAUCAGAUGAAGUUCAAUGGUUAUGCAACAAGAUACCUGUCACCAAGGGAGACUGCAUCAUGGAGAGUAAGCAAAUUCAGAGGAAUUUUUUUUUCCUCAGUAAUAAUGUCCUAUGAAUACUUGAAUUCAUAACAAAAAACAAGCUUACAUGAAUUAAAAAAAAAAAACAUUUUUGUUCUUUUUGUUUGCGCAGUAUUCCCUCAGACAGGAACCCUAUAUUGACACAAGGGGUCAGCGACCAAUUCCUGCCACCAUCUAGUGAGUGCAUCAUUUCAUGAUUGGUUUUAAUUAUGAUUUUACUGGGGAAGCUGGGAUCUUGGUUCAUGUCAAAUGUUUAGUAUAAAACCCCUUGCUUUUAAUUUCUACUGCUCUCUCUUAAUAAUAAAUUCCAUAAAUUGAAUGAUUAAUUUAGGUUUUAAUAAGGCCAGAACUGAUUUUCUUUUUUAUUCUUGGUUUACAGUAGUCGCUAUCGAGACGCUCAUCCAAGAGCCAGGUGACUUUCUCAUUUUAUAUCUGCAUCAGUUGAGGCCGAGGUGUAGCACCAUCACAAGAUGAUUUUUAAAGUUAUCGGCCAAGGUUACAUAUUCAUUGGCAAUUGUUUAAAAAAAAAACCCUAGAAAGUUACCAUAUCUAAUUUUACAGAUGCAUAUGGGUAUGUUUUAUUGAUUCCCAUAUCAUAUUUUAUGUUUUCCACAUAUUUAUCUUCACUAUACCAUUAUCUUUCCCUUCAACUGAGUUAUUGAGCAUCAAUCAACUAAUUCAGAGGUUUUUACAUUGAACAUAAACUUAGUCCAAUAGUAUGGUUUUCAUCUUUUAAAAUGAGUUUGAGUUUCUCUGUUGCAUUACUCCUGAUGAAGCUCUAUGAGUGAUUAGAAUCUAAUUUCUCUAUGAAUUAACACUACUGAAUCAAACAAAAAGGUUAAGAAAAUAUAGGAAAUGACCACCCACUCAAAAGGCUCUUGAUUGUUAAGCAAAUUAUCCUCAUCAAUAACCUUAUAUAUGUGUAGAGAACAGUAUGGAGAAUAUGCAUACUGAUACUAGGGUUUAAAGGGUUAAGAUUCUUUUUCUUGUUGUUUGCUUUACAGUGUUGCAGCAAUGCACUGGCGGUGAAGAUGGACAGCAUGCUUGAAACUCUUCAGACUUUUUUGUAACAGACUGCCAU